AUGGCCCCGGCACCGCCGGAGCGCCCGCGGCCCCCGGAGCGGCCGGAGCGGGCCCGGGCCCAGGCCCCGCGGGAGCGGCCCCUGGAGCGGCGGCCCGGCGGCCCCGCGGCUGCUGCCCCCCAGGCCUCUGGGACGGAGGGCAAGGGGAAAGGCCGGCGCUGGCCUCCUCCUGCCACCUCUUCGCUCCUGAUCGCCGCCCUGACCGGCUCCGAACCUGCCUGGCUUUGUGGGCGUGUAGUUGGAAUUGGCCGGACCAGGACGGGAUGGUGGCUGCGAGGAGGGCAGGACUCGGUCAGCCUCUGGAACAGCGGGGAGAUACAGCUCCCUAUGAACGUCGGGGAAACUGGACCAGCCCAGGGUGAGGUGGGGAGCACAGCAGAGUGGCCUGAGACAUCCUGCAAACUAGAGGAGGACUCUUCAGUGUGUGAAUCAGCUGCUGAUGGGGGAGAGACAGCACUCCUGGGUUCAGCUGGUCCCACACUAGAGGAGAAAUCUACCCAGGAAAUUGAAGUAUUGCCAGAAGAAUCUGACAAGACAAGAGAAGAUGUCUCAGAAAGACCUCUGGAAAAACAGGACUUGGAUGAAGCUGGGCUGGGCCAUGAGACUGUGGAAAGCAAAGGAGACAGCCCUGACCACCAGGAAACACAGCAGCACCAGGAGACACCUGGGCAGUGUGAAAGCCUCUGCAAAGCAGAGGAAGAUGCCUCGUCGACAAGCAAGGCACAGGGAUCUGACAGUGAAAUGACACACUUGGAUGUGACUGGCGUGGAAGAUGUCCCCAGGGGCCACUUGACAGAGAGGAGCAGCAGUGCCACUCUCCCAGACUGGCAGCCAGAGGCACCCAGAGGGCAAGAAACACAGGAGAGCGAGUCCCAAGGCACAUUAAGGAAAAGACCAAAAGGGGACACAGCCCCAAACCCAGAGACUCUGUCUUCCCUGCAGAACAUCACCACCCAAAACACCGAGCAGGAGAAGGCCAAAAAGUCCCUCCUGUGGAAAGGUGAGGAAAAGAAGCUUCCCUUGCAUGUUACUCAUCGACCAGAAGGCACUGAUCCUCCAAGAGCAAGGCUUUUCAUCGUGGGGCUCACAGUGCUGGGCUUCUGCAUAUUCUGCUUCGGCAGCCCCACCUCCAGCUCCCAGCAGCCCCGCAAGAACCCCACGGUGGAAGCAUUCCUGUCCCAGUUCGACCAGCUGCAGCACGGCUUCCCGGGCCAGAGCCCCGAGCUGUGGCUUCGCGGGCGCAAGUUCCUGCGGAAGCACCUGAACGCGUCGCAGCCCACGCAGCCGGCCAUCAUCAUCCUCACGGCCGCCCGCCGCGCCGAGCGGACCCUGCGCUGCCUCAGCGCCCGCCUGGCCGACUGCUACUCGGCCGCCCUGCACGGCAGCACGGUGCAGAUCGAGGGCAGGGACAAAGCCGGGCUCCACAGCGACCGCGCCAAGCUGCAGGUGGACUCGGAGCUGAGCGCGGCCUUCCAGGCCGGGGGCCGGGCUGCGGUGAUUCACCGCUUCGAGCUGCUGCCCGCCGGGGCCACCCUCAUCUUCUACAAGUACUGCGACCACGAGAGCGCCGCCUUCAAGGACGUGGCCCUGCUGCUGACGGUGCUGCUGGAGGAGGACGUGCUGGAGAGCCACAUCAGCCUCCAGCAGGUGGAGGAGAGGGUCCGUGACUUCCUCUGGGCCAAGUUCACCGGCACCAGCAGCCCCAGCUCCUACGACCGCAUGGACUCUGACAAGCUGAGCGGGCUGUGGAGCCGCAUCUCCCACCUGGUCCUACCCAUUCACCCCGUGCAGACCAUCGAGGAGGGGGGCUGCUAUGCCAAAGCCUAGGGACAAAAGUGGCCAGAGCCCCGAGGAGGGCUGGAAAGAUGCUCCUGGCUGGCUCUGGUGCAGGCAGAGGUACCACCGGUGUUACUUCUCUUCAGUUUGUUUCUUGUAGGUUCCUGGGAAGAGUCUGGCAGGUAUAAGUUGAUCCGGGACAUUUGGGCAGCUGAGUCCUGGAGGUGAUACACACACUUCCUUCUGGCAGAUGGGAACAGGGGGUGUUUUAGAGUUCCACAGGAGAGCAUCAAUGUGUGGGGAGGCAGGAGGGAAAACAGGACCUUGCAGGUAGCGUUUCUAUCAAGAAAUGGACAAAUAAUGUUCACAAUUACUAUGACAGAAAGAUGCUGGGAUUCAGCAGCUCUUUUAUCUCUCGCUGCCCCUCAGCUUGCUAAAACUGUGGGCAUCAGUCUCACAAUAUACUUUCUCCAGGGAGCUGCUGGAACACAGAAAGGUCUAAUUCCUCAAGGCCCAACAUUUUGAAGGCGUGCUUCAAAAAGAAAUGCAGUUUGCCAGUCAAGGGUGUGACCAGUCAGCCCCAGUAGUGUCCCACUUGCACAGCCUGAUUGACACCAGGCAAAGCCCAGGUGCUGAAACAAACCUGCAAUUCAGAGAUCCCCUAAACAUCAAUUACCAGAAAUUCCAGGUUGUCAGCACUUGAACACUACCCUAAUGGCAGGGAUCCCAGGAGGGGAUCCCACGUGCCAGAGAACAAGCUCCAGAGCCGGAGAGCAAUGAAACAGUUGCUGCCACUGUGAUAGUGUGAAGCCUCAAGGGAGUACACAGGUGAAAAAAUGAAUAAUACAAUGUAAUGUAAUGCUUCCUCUCCCUAAAACAAGUCCACUCUAUCCCUUUGCCACACAAAGUGACUCUCUCCUCAGGCCGAUGCUUUGGUCCCACACAACAGAUUGUUCUUCACCUGGAUCUCUGGUCUGUGUGCCUGUCCCAGCCUCUCCCCAGAUGACUUCUAUUGAUGAAUAUAGAUGUUAACAUUGGUAUUUCAAACCAUGUAGGGUAGCACACCAGGCCCUAGCCCUCCGAAGGUACAUUUGCCUCCCUGCCAGGCAGAUGGAGCUCUGGCAUCUGCCAAAGCAAGUAGGAGCAGAGCCGGGUUAGCUGGUAAAGACAAAAUCUCUGCCAUUAACACUAAACACCCUUGACAAAGCAGGUUAGUUUCUUUCCGUGCCUCCUCUUCUCCAUCCUAGGAAGAGGAAUCCAAGUCCUGGAAACACUGUGGUUUCCCCACACACUGUGUUUUUGCAGGUGCUGUGGGGCAGAGCAGCCAACUCAGGAACACCUGGAGGGGCAGGUGCAGGUUACAGCAUGUGUUAUAACCCAGGGGCAGCCCCAGGGACCAGCCCCAUGUGCCUGUGCAGAAGGAGCAGCUGUAGCAGAUCGUGGCCUUGCUGAGCCAGGCCCUGUGUCCAAACAAGAACAAAUCCCCAGCACCACGGUGGCUUUUAGCAGCUGCACAUCAGGGUGCUCCUUACAGCAGCUGGACCCUGGUGCUGGCCGGGUCUCCUGCCAACAGUGCCUUGCUGAUCUGCCCCACCAAGGGCUUGGGGAGGUGCAGCCCUGCACCCUAAAAACCACAGCCUGUCUCUUCUUUCCCCCUGCCGUGUGCCUUGACCUGUCCCUGGAGAUUAGUGGCCCUUAACUUGGAGGAGGGGACAAAAUGAAGGAAGAGGGAGGGUUAUUUGUUCAUGUUCUGGCCAAAGAACAGACUUUUUGGUUGGCUGGGGACAUGAAGACAAGACCACAGGGGUUUUAACCGUGAUAAACCCCAGGAUAAAUGUGAGAACAACCUGCUGGAGCCCAGGGCACAGUUUGAUACAAGAUACUGAUUGCUUCCUCCUCUCCCUCUUUUCUAUUGCUGUACACUACUUUGGUGAGAGAAAACACUGUAUCCUGCUCUGCAGGAUGUUAAUGUAAGAACCAGCAGAGCAUUAAUCAUGCUACGCCAAUAUUUUAUUGGGAAAUCUGUAUUUUAAUGUUCUCUCUCUCCAUUUUGCAUACUGUGUUUGCAAUGCAUAGCCCAGGUAUGCAACUCCCCAUUGCUGCAAGUGUCACCCACCUGAGUUCUUCCAAUACAGAGAUAUUUUUAUGGCCUUUUAAAGACAAAUAUAUGCUUGCUUCUGGAACAGGAAUUCUAUUUAAAAAUAAAUGGCGAGAUUGUGAAAGAAGCCAGCAAAAUGA